CUUUUUGUACGUUCGUUGUGGAAACACGGCAGUCGUCAAAAUCAAGUGCGAUUUGUGGUGCAAAGAAUUGUGAAUUCGUCGUAAUUACAUCGAAUUCAUUUUGCCAAAUCUAUAAUUUAGUUCAAGAAAAAGAAAUUUGAAUUUGUUCUUUUUCAAACGUUACAUUUUAAAUUUUUUAUUUUUCGUACGAUUGAAGUUGAAUUGAUUAAAAAUAAAAUUAGCUUUUUUUUCAUUCUUCGUCUACACACACGACUAUUGUUUGGUGAGCUCUUUGUGCUACACACACUGAAAAAAGUUUAGUGAGGAGCGGCGGCUGGCUUCACAACAGACCCCAUCAGAUUAAAAGAAAAAUUGAACAAAAAAGUUUAAAAAAAUAUUAAAAAACAAAUCACAUCAAACAUUGAAUUUGUAAAUCAAAUUUUAACUAUAAAAUGGCGUUAAAAAGAAUUAAUAAGGAAUUACAAGAUUUGGGCAGAGAUCCACCUGCACAAUGUUCAGCUGGUCCAGUUGGCGAUGAUUUAUUUCACUGGCAAGCAACAAUAAUGGGACCGCCUGACAGCCCGUACCAAGGUGGUGUAUUCUUCUUAACAAUUCACUUUCCAACAGAUUAUCCAUUCAAACCACCUAAAGUGGCUUUUACAACGCGCAUAUACCAUCCAAAUAUUAACAGCAAUGGUUCGAUUUGUCUCGAUAUAUUAAGAUCUCAAUGGUCGCCAGCACUUACUAUAUCAAAAGUUUUAUUAUCAAUUUGCUCUCUACUCUGUGAUCCCAAUCCAGAUGAUCCACUUGUACCAGAGAUUGCAAGAAUAUAUAAAACUGAUCGGGAAAAAUAUAAUGAAUUGGCACGAGAAUGGACUAGGAAGUAUGCUAUGUGAUGCGUUCCAGUUUGUAUAAUUGAUUCGUCGUCGUCGUCGAUGUCGUCGUUGUUGUUGUUGUUGUCGUCAUCUACAUCUUCAUCGUCAUCAUCACCAACAUCUUCAUCAAUGUCGUCGUCGUCAUUAACAUCAUCGCCGUUGUCGCCACUUAAGUUGUCAACAACAUUGUGCUUUCUAUUGUUGUUAUUAUUUUUCAUAAUAAUGACACUGGAAUGUUACUACAACAACAUGCACGUAAUUAUGAUGACAAUGAUGAUCUCAUCAACAUCAUUUUUAUUGUUAGUGUCGUUGUUGUUCUUGAUGUCGUCGAAAAAUAGUUACAACAUCGACAACUAUUUUAAAAACGGCAACAACAAAAAUAUCAACAACUGCAACAACGGCGACAAGAUCAAAUACUGCAACAACAUCAAUAGCAGCCGCAGCAUCAACAACCGCAGCAGCAACAGCACCAGCAGCAAAAACAACAACAGCAACAACAACAAUAAUAUCAUCCAUAACUAAAUGAUGUGUAUUGAAUAAUUUAAAACAAAAAAAAAACAUAAUAUAAUAAUGAUAUUUGAUUAAAUUGAUGAUUGAAUGAUGAACUACAACCAAUUGUUUUGUAAAGAAUGAAAAUAAGAAAUAUACAAAUAAUAAUAAUAAUGAUAAACAAAAAGGCAAAAGAAAUGAGAAAAGUAGAGGAUGAGAUGGAAAUGAUGAUGGUAUGAAGAAAAAUAAUAAUAAUAAUAACUACAUACAAAAUAAAAAAAAGAAAACUAAAAAAUAAAAAGGAUUUUGCUACUACUACAACAACAACAACUUAAAUUAGCAACAAAUAUUUGAAAAAACAAAAAUUACAGAUUGUAACGCUCUUUAAAACAAAAAAAUAAAAAACAACAAAAAUUAAAAAAAUAUAUAUAAAUACAAAUACCUACACACACACACAUAACACACACUCAUACACGAAAAAAGAAACAAAAGCAAGAAAGCAUGAUUGAUGAUGUGAAAGAAAAAAGAAAAAUUUAAUAUUUAAUAAUAAUAAUAAAUAUAAAAUCCAUUUAUUCAGUUUAAUUUACAACAAACAACAAACAAAAAUAAAAAACGCAGUAAAAACAGAAA